AUGACGCCGAAAAGCGCUUUGGAAGAGAAACAGGGUCAUGGUGACGCCUGUGCGUGUCACUGGCUGCGCACUGGCCGCCCAGGAGCCCGGAUCCUGGCCGCGCGGUGGGUGCGGAUGCGGGGACAGGGCCCGGAGCAGGGGGCGGUCCCCCGCCUGCCGGUGCAGCCCGGGUUGGGAAAGUUGGUGCGGGCUCGGGGUCUGGAGGCGCCUGGGCAGCCCGAGCCGGGCAGAUUAUGGGACGCGGCGCGCGGGGGCGGGGGGCGGCAUCCGCGACGAUCGCGGGGCGCUCCGGCCACCGGCCCCGGCAGCCCCGCCUGCGCCCAGGCCAGCACGCCGCCGGCCCCCGCCCCCGCCCUCGGCACACCGCCGCUGGCGACCGUCCCCGAGCCGAGGGGCGGCUCCCCCCGCGCCCGCGCCCCUCCCGGCAGCUGCGGCGGAGUCCGCGCCCGCCCGCCCCGGGGCCCGGCGGGCCGGCAGAUACCUGGUCGGGGGCGCGCCGGGAGCCGCUGCGGCGCCCAGCGCCGGCUCCAUCCUCGGGUCCGGAGUCAGGCUCGCCGGGGGCCCGCGGGCGGCGGCGGCGGCGGCGGCGGCGGCAUCCUCCGCCUCCCGCGCCCUCCUCCUCGGCCUCCCGCCUCCCUGCUCUUCCUGCGCCUCCGCGCGCCCCUCACGGGCCCCUCUUCAUGGCCUGGGGGCGCGAGCCCCGGGCGGCUCGAGCAGCCGAGUUCGUCCUCCGGGGACCGGGACGCGGGGACCCGAGGGGUGAUGGCAGCCGGGGCCAGGGGCCCAGGGCCUCGCAGCCCCGGGCGCGGGAGCAGAGCAGCAGCCGCAGGCGCCGGAGCCUCGCGGAGCGCCCGCCUCGGGUCCCCGAGCCGAGAGCAGCAGCAGCGGCGGCGGCUUCAGCGCCGAGCGAGCAGCGGGCGCUGCGGCCCCGACUCCACCCCCAGAGCCGCCCGCCCCUCGGCUGCCGCCCGCCCCCUGCCCCUCCCCACCCCUUCGCCGCGCGCCCUCCCGCGCCCCGCGCCGCGCUCGGGACACCCGCUCCGCAGGCGGCCGCCGGUGCCAGCCCCCGCCCACCGCGGAGCGGAGGGUCGCGGAGCCACGCCCCCCGGCUGGGCGGCCUGCGGGCUAGGAUGCAGGCCGCGCGCCGGCCCCGGUGCCAGUGCCCUGCUUCCCCCUUGGGCGUCUGCCCAGGGUUACCCCGUUACCCGGCACAAGCACCCCGCCGCCACCCGGGGCUCAGCCUGCCUCUCGCCCUCCUCUCAUUUAGCCACAGGACGCUCCCGUGGACAGCGAGGACCCUCAGGGCACCAGGCAACAGACGCCCCCCUGACCUUCCACCGCCUGGGGCACGCGUCCGCUUCCCUUGACUACGACAAAGAAUAUUUGCCUCUCAAGGUGAUGCGUGCAGCCUUAUUCGCAGCAGCAAAGAAUGGCAAAGAACCUGGCGGGAUCCGGAAGACGGACACCACGCCCACCGCCCAGGUCCGAGCACAAGGCAGCAGGAUGUGGCUGAGAGCGCCCGAUGCCGUGGGGAGCACGGAUCUGCCCCCAGGGCCCGCGCACAGCCACCAUCCGGAGGAGGCCCGUGGAUGCGUGGGUACCAGCGCGCAGUGUGACCCGCGCAUGCCCAGCAGGCCCCGGAGCGGGCUGUCCCAGUCCAGCGGGUCUCUUCUGCGAGAGCCGCCCCCUGUGCGCGCCCCCGGCGGCCCUGCGCAGAGACGCUCGGCCCGGGCGAAGGCCGGGACGCUGCUGCCCUCUAGCGGCGCGGGCGUCCAUCGCACCCGGCCCGCGGCGCGCGCCCUGGAGCGCGGAGCCGCGGGAGAACCGGGCCCUCCGCCGGCGAGGCGCGUCCCCGCGCCGGGCCUCCUCGCCGUGCGCGCCAGAGACCGGGAGCCAGAGGAGGCAGAGCGGCGCCAGGCGAGCGGGCUCUUUAAGGAGGGGGCUGGGGGCGUGUCAGGAAAUGAGCCCUGGGCCCGCCCCGCCCGGGAGGCGGCCUCGGAUGUCCGGAGGCUGCAGGCUGCGCCGGAGCCGGCUCCCGGUGGCCCGGCCCCGACCGCGUCCUCCGUGCCCGCGCCCUGA